GCCCUCUGGGAGCACAUUCAGGACGUGGAGGGCAAGACUCUUGCCAUUCGGGAGCUCUUCCAACUACACAACACGUAUGUGAUCAAAUGCUUGUCAAAGCAGAACGCCAUGAUGCAUUACUACAGCCUAGCUGACAUGUUGCAGUCUGAGUGGGGCAAAAACGCCACAGACAAGGCUUUUGCUACUCUACGACGCAUGGGUGCAGGGUCUAAGAAGAAACUCGUGGUGCAAGCCUUGCCGGUGGUCAGAGGCAAGGACGGCCAGCCAGCUACCACAGCGACGCAG